UGUUUAUAUUCGUGGGGCGUCCUCUCCCGAAGAAAACAAGCACGGCCCGCACCUGUGUCACAAAAGCAGUUUCAGACUAAUUAAAGCCUAGACAAGAAGUGCGUGUGUUUUUAUUCCGAUGAGGAUAUUAUUAAACGGGCUUCUAGAGCUCAUUGCUGCCGCGGUGGAUUUGGAAGCGGAUUGAUCUGAUCUGGGAUCUUGUCAUUGGAGCGAAGGAAUACAGCAGAGACCGCAAAUCCGAUCGAGUUGACAGGUUCUUCAUCAGGAUGUUGCAGUGAUUGAGGUGAAACAUCUGGACAUGAUGAUGUGGAGUUUUGGGAACCCGACCUGUAUGAGUCAGACCAACUGUUACAGCAAUGCCUCCAAAGACUACUGCUACUCAGCCCGGAUCCGCAGUACCGUGCUGCAGGGCCUGCCCUUCGGAGGGGUUCCCACUGUCCUCGCACUGGACUUUAUGUGCUUCCUGGUUCUUCUUUUUGUCUUCUCCAUUUUGCGGAAAGUGGCAUGGGAUUACGGCCGUCUGGCCCUGGUGACCGAUGCUGACAGACAGAAGAGAAGAUUCAGUGGUCUGGAGGAGCGGGAGUAUAGGAGGAAGGAACGGAGUAACUAUGAGCCUGUACGCAGUGUGGCUUCAGCCCUUCAUUCUGAAACGCCGGACCGAUAUGAACGUCUCACCUCCGUCUCCAGCUCGGUAGAUUUCGAACAGCGAGAUAAUGGCUUCUGUUCCUGGUUGACGGCCAUAUUCAGAAUAAAGGACGAGGAGAUCCGGGAGAAGUGUGGUGAAGAUGCCGUUCAUUACCUGUCGUUCCAGCGGCACAUCAUCGGUCUGCUGGUUGUGGUGGGCGUGCUGUCGGUGGGCAUCGUUCUGCCGGUCAACUUCUCAGGCAACCUGCUGGAAAAUAACGCAUACAGCUUUGGACGCACAACAAUCGCCAACUUGAAUUCUGGAAAUAACCUCUUAUGGCUGCACACAUCAUUUGCCUUCAUGUACCUGCUCCUCACCGUCUACAGCAUGAGACGCCACACGUCCAAGAUGCACUACAAAGAAGAUGAUCUGGUCAAACGCACUUUAUUUAUCAACGGCAUCUCCAAAUAUGCAGAAGAAAGCCAUAUAAAACAGCACUUUGAACAGGCGUACGAGAACUGUGUCGUACUGGAAGCGCGUGUUUGUUACAAUGUGGCCAAACUGAUGUCCCUCAACGCCGAGAGGAAGAAGACUGAACGCAGUAAGAAGUUUUUCACGGAUCUGAUGGCUAAGGAGCACAUGCCUGCCAUGAUUAACCCCAAGCCCUGCGGUCACCUGUGCUGCUGCGCCAUUACAGGCUGUGAAGAGCUUGAUCACAGGGAGAAUCUGUCUUUGGGAGGAGUUUCCUGGUGGCUUCGCUGCUUCAUCAUUAACUGCAUCCUCUUCCUCCUCCUCUUCUUCCUCACCACCCCGGCCAUCAUCAUCUCCACUAUGGACAAGUUCAACGUCACCAAGCCUGUGGAGUAUCUGAACAACCCCAUCGUCACCCAGUUUUUCCCCACGCUGCUCCUGUGGGCCUUCUCCGCCCUGCUGCCCACCAUCGUCUACUACUCCGCCUUCUUCGAAGCCCACUGGACCAGGUCGGGCGAGAACAGGACCACCAUGCACAAGUGCUACACUUUCCUGAUCUUCAUGGUUCUCCUGCUGCCGUCUCUGGGUCUCAGCAGUUUGGACGUUUUCUUCCGCUGGCUGUUUGACAAAAAAUUCCUGGCUGAAGCCACCGUCCGAUUCGAGUGUGUCUUCCUCCCUGAUAAUGGAGCGUUUUUUGUGAAUUACGUCAUUGCGUCGGCGUUCAUCGGAAACGCCAUGGAUCUGCUGCGGAUUCCAGGUCUGCUCAUGUACAUGAUCCGGCUGUGUUUGGCUCGCUCGGCUGCGGAGAGACGCAACGUCAAACGGCAUCAAGCCUAUGAGUUUCAGUUCGGAGCUGCCUACGCCUGGAUGAUGUGCGUUUUCACCGUCGUUAUGACGUACAGCAUCACCUGCCCAAUCAUCGUCCCCUUCGGGCUGAUGUACAUGCUCCUGAAGCACCUGGUGGACCGGUACAACAUGUACUACGCUUACCUGCCCUCCAAACUAGACAAGAAGAUCCACUCGGGAGCCGUCAAUCAGGUGGUGGCUGCACCAAUCCUGUGCCUCUUCUGGCUGCUGUUCUUCUCCACCAUGCGGACAGGGUUUUUGACCCCGACGUCCAUGUUUACCUUCGUGGUGCUCAUCAUCACCAUCGUGGUCUGCCUGUCGCACGUGUGCUUCGGUCACUUCAAGUACCUCAGCGCGCACAACUACAAGGUACGGGUUGCGGUACUGCAGAUCGACACCAAGGACACGGAGAUCGACGGAGUGGAGAACGGACGUCCUGCUAGAUCCUCACCCUCCAACAAAUCUCAGCAGCAGAUGUACAUCGCCCAGGUCCUGCAGGACCCAAACUCUGACGAGACCGGAGCAGGCAGCGGAGAGUCCUCGCAGGACGAGGAGAUGAUCAACGCCGGGAGCAGCCUAAACGAGGCCGACUUCCAGUCCGGAGAGGACAGUCUCAUCGCCAACGAGGUCCACCAGUAACCACAGCCGAGAGAACGACAAAGACCCGAUCGCAAGGCCUUCAUCCACACAUGUCUGUUUGUCCCCGUCGAACGCUGUGAACCGGCUCCAAACAUCAGCACCUUAGAAACCCAAAACUCUCAGACUGUACAUAAGCACACGCUCCAAUGCUUACAAACCAUUUCGCACAUGUGCAUGAACACAUCGGCGACUGCUCGUUUGGAAGCUCAAAUCCCGGAUUUCCCUUUUCGAAAAAAUUCCAAGUUUGGAUAAAAAAA